AUGGCAUCAACGCAUCAACUGAAGGUUCAAGAUAUCUUCUCUGUAAAGGACUAUGUCUGCCUUGUCACUGGAGGUGGUACAGGCAUUGGUCUGAUGGCAACUCAAGCCUUGGCUGCUAAUGGCGCCAAGGUCUAUAUCACAGGCCGCCGGAUGGAAGUACUCGAAAAUGCCGCCAAAAACCACAGUCCAGAAGGAGGAGGACAUAUCAUACCCAUUGGACCAUGUGACGUCACUUCGAAAUCAGAUCUCGAGAAGCUUGUCCAAAACUUGGCCUCAAAGGAAAAAUAUCUCAACUUGCUCAUAACGAACGCAGGCGUUUCCGGGCCCAAGGCCCCACCGGACUCCACCUCUGCGGACGAGUUACACGACAAGAUUUGGCAAGCCGAGUCGGUCGAUGACUGGUCCAGUGUAUUAAAGACCAAUGUAACGUCCGUUUAUUUCAGCACCGUCGCAUUCCUGCCCCUCCUACAGGCAUCCAUUGGAGAAAAAUUUGCUCCACGCUCGCCUUCUGUCAUCGUCAUUUCAAGUAUGAGCGGCAUAAUGAGGCACAGCCAAGGCCACUUCGCCUAUAACGCGGCAAAAGGAGCCACGGUACACCUCAGCAAGCUCAUGAGUGCAGAAUUUGAGAAGGCGGAGGUAAGGGUAAACAGCAUAGCUCCGGGCUACUUCCCAAGCGAGAUGACCAUGAAGGAGAGCGAUGACAGUAACAAGACUCACAUGCCGGCGGAAAAGGUCCAAGAGAAAGGGCAUGUGCCCGCGGAUAGGCCAGGCAGUGAUGAGGAGAUGGCACAAGCAGUAAUUUUCUUGUGCAAGAAUUGUUAUGUCAAUGGAGAGCUGAUUGCGGUCGAUGGUGGGGUACUCAACCAGGUGCCGGGGAGAUAA